AUGUUGUACGCAGUUGUCGGUAAAGAUCCCGCGAAGAAAACGGUUCUUAUUUAUGGACAUCUCGAUGUGCAACCUGCCGAUAUUCAUGACGGUUGGAAUUCUGAACCAUUCCAACUGGUCGAAAGGGAUGGAAAAUUGUUCGGUCGUGGAUCUACGGAUGAUAAAGGUCCAGUGGUGGGUUGGAUAAAUGUACUUGAGGCGUUCCGCGCGAAUAAAAUCGAAAUCCCUGUCAAUAUUAAGUUUUGUUUGGAAGGAAUGGAAGAGAGUGGCUCGUUGGGUCUCGAAGAAUCGCUGAAGGCGAAUCGAGAGAAAAUGCUUUCGGAUGUCAGCUUCACUUGUAUCUCAGACAACUAUUGGCUAGGCACUAAGAAGCCGUGCAUUACCUAUGGUCUUAGAGGUAAUUCCUAUUACUGCAUUGAGAUAAUCGGUUCCAAACAAGACUUGCAUUCGGGUGUGUUUGGUGGUGCAUUAUACGAACCAAUGUCAGAUUUGGUGUGGAUGAUGUCGCAGUUGAUCGAUUUGAACGGUAAAAUUCUUAUCGAUGGCGUUUACGACAUGGUUCCGGCAGUGACCGAUGCCGAGCGAGCUUUAUAUGAGAAUAUUGAUUUCGAUGAGGCAAGUAGUUAUCAGCUGAAUAUAACUCAUAAUAAAGAGACAAUUCAUUUGUUGAAAAAUGAGUAUCGAGAGUCGGUUGGAGCGAAGAAAUUGAUGAAGUCAUCCAAAGUUGAAUUGCUGAUGAGUCGUUGGCGAAAUCCAUCAUUAUCACUUCACGGUGUGGAGGGUGCAUUCUCUGGCGUUGGAGCGAAGACCGUAAUUCCAUCGAAAGUGAUCGGUAAAUUCAGCAUUCGAACCGUUCCGAAUAUGGACAUUCAUAAAUUGGAUAAACUCGUUUACGAUUAUACAGAUAAGAAGUGGAAAGAACGCGGAUCACCGAAUCAGUUCAAAUGUUAUAUCUAUCAUUCCGGACCUUAUUGGCUAACCGAUCCAAAACAUCCCAAUUUCCAGUGUGGUGCCAGGGCUAUAAAACGAGUGUACGGUGUUGAGCCGGAUUACACUCGUGAGGGUGGAAGUAUACCGAUAACGUUGACAUUCGAGGAGUUGACAGCAAAGAAUGUAAUGUUGUUACCGAUGGGUGCUGGAGACGAUAUGGCACACUCGCAAAACGAGAAAAUCGAUGUGAGGAAUUAUAUGGAAGGAACGAAGAUGUUGGCUGCGUAUCUGCUCGAAUUAGGUACCAUUUAG